UUCUAACAACGAGGUGUGGGAGGUCGGGGCAGAUCGAGGGAGUCGGCGCUGUGUGCUGCUGUAGAGAGCAGCCGGAGACGUCGACGAGAAAGAGGCGGGAUCGACCGUAGAGCUCCCGGGUUGCGUCCAGAGGCGCCUUCGGCGUACGCCGCCAAGCCAGGUAUGACACCAUGCAGAUUCAACGCGGCGCGUAGCCAGUUCUCGAUUCUCCUCCCGACUCGCCAGCGUCGAGAUGCAGAACGGGCUUACCUUUCCUUGGUCGUGCUCGGCGCAAGGCCAAAUCGCGCAUGCGCCGUCGGCAUCUACUUCAUGAUCGGCACCCUCGGGGUCGUUAAUUACCUCUGCACUUGCAUCGCUAUCAACCUCUUCGUUACCAUCGUGCUGGGGUUGAAUCCUAUUCGAAUGGGCUUGGAACGCUGGUACAUCGGCCUCUCCAUAUUCAUCGGCCUCUUCGUCCCCAUCAUCCCAGCUGCACUUGGGCAUUUUGGGUGGGAUCCUAUCUACCACGUUUGUUGGAUCAAGUCGUCUGAAAAAGCCCGUGUUACCAACUUUGUCCUCGACCUGUAUCUCUGGCAACUGUUGUCCUGCGCAAUCGCCACUGUCGCUGUCGCUAUUACAUUAUGGAAGCUGUUCCGGCAGGGCCGUGCAACAUCGCGCGCACUCUUUGGCGGCGAUAGCCUCAACUUUGAGAUGUCCUCGGACUCGACGGACGACACCGACCACCGCAAAAAGGGCAAGCGCCUGUUCCGCGGACGCCGCAACAGCAUCAAGCGCGAGCGCAUGUUCGGCCACCUCGAGGACCGAUUUGUGUCCAUCGCGAUCCGUGUCUCGCUCUACCCCAUCACGCUCGUCAUUGUCAACGGCGUCAUCGCAAUAGGUGAUCUCUACAUCUCACUCCAGGGCGGAGUCAAGUCCAAGGCUGUGUACGGGCUGUACUGCGUGUACUAUCUGUUCUACGGUGUCCGCGGCGUGACAUUUGCCAUGCUGGCCGUCAUCGUCGACCCCUGCCUCCGCAAGGGGUUCCGCGCCGCUUACCGCGAAAAGUUCCCCUCGCCGUCUCUUGAGAAUGACAAGGACAAGGGAGCGGAUCCCAGCUGGUCCCUGCCCGAGCCUGUCGGAUGCGUCGCGCCUCUUGCGAGCGCAGCAGACCCAUCGGCCGCUGCGCAGAACGAGCUCGACCUGAACCAGCUCACCAUGGCCACGCCGCUCGCAGCCGCGAGCCGGGGGAGCAUCGACUCGGACUGCUCGAUGGAUGUGCUCCAGGCCCUCUUCGCAUCUGAACCACCACCAGACGCGAGAAUUCCGAACCCCUCUCACUCGGACCACACGCGCCGCGGCUUCCACCCACAUCUUCCCCAUUUCCACCCCCACCUGCCCCACUUGCAUUUGCAUAUGCCCAACCUCAAGCACCUGCCAUGGUUCUUGCGGCGACACUUGGAGAAGGAGGCCGAGGCGGCAGCGCAGGCGGACGUCGAGGCCGCGACCAUGACGCCGACACCUAUGGUGCCUGCAUCUCCCGCUGCCACGCCAGCGAGCUUCACCAACGCGUUCACCGGCGUGCCGGCGGAUGCCAUGCCGUCGUGGCUGGACGACGUAGCGGACGACGUCGUCGCGCCAGACGCGCUUGCUGCCGCGCGGGCGAGCCGGGCGCAGACGGCAGACGCGGCGGCGCUCGACCGCGCGCUGGCACGAGUGGAGACAGAGGACCAAGAGCGGGAGCGGGGCGACCGCGAAAAGGAGCGGCGGGACGAGAAGUCGCGCGACUCGCCACGCACCUCUCUCCCGGCGCCGCCGCCCGCCGCCGUGCUCAACCAAGCGCUCGCGGGCCUCGGCCAGGGCGUGGCCGCCGUCAUGGGGCCGUCCGUCGGCCUGAGCUUGGGUAUGGGGACGCGGCGCGGGUCGCAGUCGUCGCAUUUCUCGGGGACGAGCAGCACGCGCGCGUCGUUCAGCGCAAGCGCGGGCGCGACGAGCCCCGCGAUGCGCGCCAGCUUGCGGGGCGCGCGGCCGCGCUGGGCCGCCGGCGUGCGGCGGGGCAGUUUCGGGGAGUCGGCGCCGCUCCAUCUCGCGGACCCACGGGCGAGACGGCAGGCAACGCUCGCGCUCGCGGAGAAGCUGUACGAGGAGAUGGAGGCGCAGUUGUGAGGGUGCACAGAUAGAAUAGUACUGUGUGUAUAAUGUAAUGUGUACGCGAGCG